AUGACAGGCCUCCUCACCCCGACAUUCACCUUUACUAUCCCUUCCCUGUACGAUGAUACGAACCUCGAUUGUCGCAUCUAUCACCCCAGCUCUGCUGGAGUUGGCACUUCUGGUUCUCGUACUUCAUGGACUGGUAGGGGAGAAAUCCAAGACUACAUGUCCUUUGCGGGGCUGUUCAUUCACUAUCUCAAUUAUCUACAACCUAGCUCGAAGAAACAGGUUCCGCCUGCUGUGACCCUGGGUGGUUACUCCUACGGCUCAUUGAUAGCCUUCAAUCUACCCCCGCUUUCCACGAUUCUCUUGCCUUUCAAGCACCUUGAGCAAGGCUCCACAGCGGCAGAGAUCUGUCUGCGUGCGCAGCAUCUAGCAUGUGAACGACGUCUUUGCCUAACUCACAAUGCGGACCAUGACGCAAAAGACAUCCGAAAGCCUUCGGCGACCAUCCAAGCCCCUUCUUCUGCGAUGGUCAUGGGGGGCGACGAGUCUCCACGCACGUCAAAUGGCCAUGACGGUAGGAAAAGUCUGGAUGUCGCAAAACUACGACGAAGCAUCGAAAACUCGACCCACAAGUUCCACCUUGGGAUCCGGGGCGGCCAUGAUUCCUCGCCAGCUUCAACACCCACACUUUUGAGAGAGUCCACUCAUGCAGUCAUCUCACAUAAUGGAGGCAUAGAGGCAGUGAAAGUGCCAGAACCGACUGUCUCGUACCUUCUGGUCUCUCCAGUACUGUCGUCCCUCGGGAGCCUUUCAGUGGCCUUUUCAAUCUCAUUCUCGAAGCAAGAUACAAAGCGGAAGCUUGCUGAGAACGAUUCUUUAGUCGUUUAUGGUGGCUCAGACGUCCUGACAAACCAAAAGAAGCUGAAACGAUGGGUCGAAGAAACAGAAGAACUUGCUGAUGCAAAAGGGGGCAAAUUUCAAUACCGAGAAGUGGAAGGUGCAGGUCACUUUUGGAGAGAGUCCGGUGUACUUGAGAAGCUGAGGCAUACUGUCAAGAAGUGGGCGCGAACUGAUGUUCAUUCAGGUGCUGGAAAUGCGAACAUUGCAACCUAG